AUGCCGAGUUGCAGUAUGUAUUCAGGGAUAGAUCAUGACUACUUUAUUUUUUCAGAAAAUAGGCCACAAAUUCCAAUCCCGGGUAGUGAAGAGGUUUUACAUUUAAAUGACAACUUGACGACAACAGAAUCGAAUGUCACACAAGAAAUUAAUCUUGAUAGUAUUGUGUUGGAAGAAAUUUCCUUGAACAUGAAGGAGGCUGAUGAUUUUAAUGCAGUGUUAAAGGAAAGCAUCAAUGUUGACUUGGAAGUUGAACAACAAAGUAGGUAUUUUACAUCGUUUGGUCUACAGAGAAAUCCCACAAUAGGAGAUGGUAACUGUCUUUUCCGGGCAAUUAGUUUUUCCCUUUAUAGUCAUCAAAAUAACCAUCUUCAACUCCGAAAUCUGGCUGUGGAUACACUUAGAGGUAAUGUAGGUUUAUUUCAAAAUUAUUUUCUUGAAGACAGAGGUACCCCUGAGGAGCAAAUUAAUGUGUUAAGUCAGCCUAAUACUUAUGCAGGCCAGGAGUCUAUUUUAGCUUUGUCAAUGGCUUUGAAUAUAAAUAUACUGGUAACGUUUGGCAGUGACACACUUGACAACCCAGUCACUACUUAUGAAAAUACAUUUUCUGAUGGUGAGCAACCUCAACAAACCAUCCAUAUUGUGUGGCGGCGAGCAGGUGGAGGUCAUUAUGAAUCUGUGACAGAGAAAGGAUCUGUAGACCUACCCAGAUCAGAUUCUGUAAGAAUUGAAGGUCAAGGUCAUGGUGGUAAUACAAGGCCAUUGCAUACAAACUUUUCAAGGCCUGUGGAUAUGGAAAAAUUUAUGAAGAAAUCACCUACGGCAAAAUCUACACUGCACUCAUAUGUAAAGUCUGAGGACAACAUCAAUAUUCAGACUGAGGGAAGCAAUACAUUGCUGUGCCCAAAAUGUAAAAUAUCUCUUAAAUCAAGAGCUAAUUUAAAGAAACAUAUGAAUAAAUUCCAUUCAGAUAAGUGUGUUUCUCAUACAAGCAAAUCCAAGAAUAAGCUUCAGGCAUGCAUGAUAUCUACAUGUCAAAUGAAGUUCCAAUCAGUAGACCAACUUCUGGAACAUGCUAUCAAUGAACAUAAUGCUGAUAUAAAAAUAGAUCAUCGUAGUUUUGACAAUUUAGAUCAGUUUUCAGAUUUUCGCAGUAAGGAGGAACUGUCAUCUAAUACAAGGUUUGUGCGGAGGUCUCGUCCCCAAGUUAACAAGAAAGGAGAAAAGACGUAUUCAUUAGUAUGUCAUCGUAAUGGACCGGUAAGAUCUCACCAACCAAAGGGAGUGCAGGUCAAGACAUCACGAAAAAACAAAAAAGGUCAUUGCCAAAUUAGCAGAUUGUGUCCUGCACGGCUAUCUAUCUGUGAAGGACGCGAUGGGAAAGUUACAGCUAAGUAUGUAAAAUCCCAUACUCAUUCAUUGUCAUUUGAACAAUGUAAGUAUUUACCUAUUCCUGAUAGUUUAAAGUCAGAAAUUCUUAAUAUGCUUGCGCUCAAAAUUCCGAUUACAAAUAUCAUGGACAAAGUUCGAGAACACUUUAGUGACAGGAAUAGCAGGGAUAAUUUAGAUGAUUUAAAAUAUUAUCAUCUUAUAGACAGAAAAACUCUCCAUGGGUUAAAAAGAAAACUAGCUGAUCCAACUGUUAUUCAAGACAGCAAUGAUGCUUUGUCCACAGCUUUAAAGGUAGAGGCUUUGAGUCAGGAAUCAUUUAAUUCAGUUUUAUUAUUUAAACAACAGGGAAAUGAAGAUCCUUCCAAAAGACUCAACAAAGAAGAUUUCAUUUUGGCCAUCAUGACAAAGCAACAACUGGAAAUGUAUAAGAAAUUUGCAAGCAGAAUUUUAUGCAUGGAUUCCACCCACAAAACAAACAGCUAUUCCUUUAAGCUUGUGACACUUAUGAUGGCAAUGGAGAUCCUGAUCCUGAGUAAUGGUAGAUGGAUUUUGGAGCUUUGA